UCUACAUCUCGGAGGUGGGGUUUCUGCUGGGUUACUAAAGAAAUAAGAAGAGCAAAAACCCAGUGAGAACCGAAACCUCGACAGCCCUUAUAUUUAUACCCCGGAACUUUUUUCUUGCUGUUAUCCGUAUUCGUAGUAUUGAAGUUACCAUGGACAGCGCUUUUAAUAACCUGGACGCCGCCGGUUUUCUGCAAAUCUGGCAGUACUUUGAUGCAGACGAUAAUGGCUAUAUUGAGGGAAAAGAGCUGGAUGACUUUUUUCGUCACAUGUUGAAGAAAUUGAGUCCAGACGAUGAAGUAACUGAAGAGAAGGUUCAGCAGCUGAAACGGAGGUUCAUGUCUGCGUAUGACGUCACUGCAGAUGGUCGCCUGCAGAUCCAGGAGCUGGCCAACAUGAUGCUUCCAGAGGAUGAGAACUUCCUGCUGCUUUUUCGUAGGGAGGCCCCCUUAGACAGUAGUGUGGAGUUCAUGAAGAUCUGGAGGAAGUAUGACACAGACAGCAGUGGAUACAUAUCUGCCAUGGAACUCAAGGGCUUCCUAAAGGAUCUGUUUGCUAAGCACAAAAAGGUUAUAUCCUCCAGCAAACUGGAUGAAUACACAGAUGCCAUGAUGAAUAUUUUUGACAAAAAUAAGGAUGGACGGUUGGAUCUGAAUGAUUUAGCAAGAAUUCUGGCACUUCAAGAGAACUUCCUGCUGCAGUUUAAAAUGGAUGCAUGUAGUCAGGACGAGAGAAAGCGAGACUUCGAAAAAAUAUUUGCAUACUACGAUGUUAGUAAGACAGGAGCCCUAGAGGGCCCAGAAGUUGAUGGCUUUGUAAAAGAUAUGAUGGAACUAGUCAAGCCCAGCAUCAGCGGUCCAGAACUGGACAAGUUGCGUGUUGUUCUACUGCGCCACUGUGAUGUGAACAAUGAUGGGAAGCUCCAGAAAAAUGAGUUGGCUUUGUGUCUGGGGCUGAAGGCCCACCAGUUAUCCUGAGGAAGCCCUCCGCUGAUGCUAAAUCUGUUAUUCUGUGGGGCCAUCAAAGCUAGUCUAUGUGAUGUGCAUGUGAAUGUGUGCUUUUAGAUCACUGAGGAACUCUGCACAAGCCACAUCUCUUGGAGAAGUUUGACGACCUGCAAAGAGCUACGAGAUUGUGCUUGCUGCUGUAGGCAUGUGUUUGUUUCAAAAAAGUGCUGGAUGAUAGAAAGCUUGUGUACUGUUGCUGAAUUUAGAAAAAUAGUCAAUGGAAAAAGGAAUAGUACGAAUAUUACUUUAAGGCAAUUGCAUUCUUGUUUAAGACAAAAACUGGUUACAUAAUCUGCCAAUUUCGAGCUUACUAAUGAUUGUUUAUACCAAUUUUGCAUGCAUGACUGAUUGUUUUGAUAUAUUCAAAGGUGUUGAAAUAAAUCAGACAAAGAAAAAUUAAAGUACCUUUUCCCUAA